CUGCCCCUAACUGUCAGAAUAUAUAAAUGCUAUUCAUCAAUUUGUAUACAUUUUCUCUUAAAAUUUAUAUUUUUUUCAUUUCAUUUUCCCAUUUCAGUUAUUUCAAAGAAUUAAACACACCCCUUUAUAUAUCCAUACAUUUAUCUAUAUGUCUUUUCAUAGAUCCUGCAAGCCCAGAUCCCUAUCUCUUUUUACCCUAAAUUAGUCCCUGUUUCACAUUUUUGCAGCUACUGAAACUCAUGUAAUUCUUACUUUUUGUGAUAUUGGGCAAAGAAGUUAAUUACUGGAAGUAAAUUUUGGAUUUGGUGGAUUAUGGGUUGUGUUUGUGGCAAGCCAUCUGCUAUUGAGGAUAGCAGAGAGAGUCCAAGGGAUAGAUAUGGUAAUAAAACUACCUCAGAAUUGCGGGUGCCUCGGAUUACAUCAUCAAGAAGAGAAGAAGCCUACAGAUUGAAACCCUUGUCAGAUACUAACGAUGGUGGGGCAAUGCUGAUUAAUAAACGUGUUAAUGGCUCGGCUAGACUGCCCGGAGAGAAUUUAGAGAGGAAAAAAGACAAAGCAGAGUACAUUGUUGCAACAAACCAUCCUGCCAUGGGGAAUAUUCCAAGAGCGACCGAAGGAGAGCAGGUGGCAGCUGGUUGGCCACCAUGGCUAGCGGUGGUUGCUGGUGAAGCUAUCAAAGGAUGGGUACCCAGAAGAGCGGAUUCUUUUGAGAAAUUGGACAAGAUCGGACAAGGUACAUAUAGUAAUGUUUAUCGGGCUCGAGAUCUUGAUCAAGGAAAGAUUGUCGCUCUAAAGAAAGUAAGGUUUGACAAUCUGGAGCCAGAGAGUGUGCGGUUUAUGGCCCGAGAAAUUCACAUUCUACGAAAGCUUGAUCAUCCAAAUGUUAUAAAGCUAGAAGGUCUCGUGACGUCUCGAAUGUCGUGCAGUUUGUAUCUUGUUUUUGAAUACAUGGAACAUGAUCUAGCAGGGCUUGCUUCUCACCCAAGUCUUAAAUUCACAGAAUCACAGGUUAAAUGCUACAUAAGGCAACUCUUGCAUGGACUUGAUCAUUGUCACAGCCGUGGUAUUCUUCAUCGAGAUAUAAAAGGUUCAAACCUUUUAGUCGAUAAUAAUGGCAUUUUGAAGAUAGCAGAUUUUGGACUCGCAAGUUUUUUUGAUCCUCGUCAAAAUCAACCAUUGACUAGUCGCGUUGUAACGUUAUGGUAUAGGCCUCCUGAACUUUUACUUGGUGCAACUUAUUAUGGCACCGCUGUGGAUUUAUGGAGUACUGGUUGCAUAGUUGCUGAAUUAUAUGCUGGCAAACCUAUAAUGCCUGGUAGAACAGAGGUGGAACAGCUGCACAAAAUUUUCAAGCUUUGUGGCUCUCCAUCUGAGGAUUAUUGGAGAAAAUCAAAAUUGCCACAUGCCACCAUUUUUAAACCCCAACAACCUUAUAAAAGAGUGGUCGCAGAAACCUUUAAGGAAUUCCCGGCACCGGCAUUAGCUCUUAUGGAGACUCUUCUUUCUAUAGAUCCUGCUGAUCGUGGGUCCGCGGCUUCAGCCUUGAAGAGUGAGUUUUUUAGCACAAAACCGUUCCCUUGUGAUCCUUCAAGCUUACCAAAGUAUCCUCCAAGUAAGGAGUUUGAUGCUAAAUUACGGGAUGAAGAAGCUAGGAGACAAGCUGCAGCCGGAGGCAAGGUUCACAGACCCGAUGCUGAAAGAAGAGGCACAAGGGAGUCUCGAGCCGUUCCCGCACCCGAAGCUAAUGCUGAACUCGUGUCCUCUUUGCAGUUAAUGCAGAAAAGGCAAGGGCAGUCAUAUUCUCGCAGUGAAAAGUUCAACCCCCAGCAUGAAGAAUCGGCUUCAGGAUUUCCAAUCGAUCCACCAAGACCUUCUCAAGCUAUGGAGGAAGACAAAACCAACAAUUUGCACAAACGAGCUUCACAUUCCGGCCCAUUGGUUCAACGAGCUGCCUGGUCAAAGGCUGGGAAAAAGACUGAGUCAAACGGGGCUGAUUUGUCAGCAAUGUCAGGCUUAGUAGCUGCUAGAAAGAGUAUGUUAUAUGAAGAUCAAAGGGACAGAGACAAAUCUGGAACUUCACAACAACUUCCAAGACUAAUAAGCCGAUUUCCUGGCUCCCUUAAAGAGGCAUCCUCAAAUGCUGCAGGACAGCCUGAUGAUGAUGGAAGAGCAAAUAAUAAAGAUCCGAUAAAUCUCGGGUAUGGCUCAAAGGCCAGCAAGAUCCACUACUCGGGCCCACUACUAGCUCCAUCAGGAAAAGUAGAUCAAAUGCUGAAAGACCAUGACCGCCAAAUUCAAGAAGCUGUAAGGCGAGCACGAGACAAGACCAAAGUGAGAAAAGUUCAGGCUGAGAAUACAUUGUAUUCUGGUCGAUGAGCUGGGAGUAUCUACAUCCUCGACACUUACACGGGUUACCUAGAAGUUUGUAGGCAAAUUCAUGUAUAUGCUACAACAAGUUAUUGUGUUCUUUCCAAUUUUCUUUGUUAGAUUUUCUAUCACAAUCACCAAGUGGUGUGUGUGAAGACAAGGUUGUUUUCUUGUGAAAGAAGAGCUUGUUCACUCAA